AUGAAUUUUGCAGGAAAUUAUCCUCGACCAUGGAAUUUGGGGCCUGCUGCUGAGCCUUUUGAACCUCCUCUCGUAGGCCAAGGUGAUUGUGGUCGAAGUAUGGGGGUUUUACCUCCAAACCUGUCUCCUCCUUCAGCCAAUAAAGAGAAGGAACAUGGGCAGGGUGGGAAUUUUGUGGACGGCAAGAUAAUGAUGGCCCCACAAUCCGUGUCCCUUCCACCACCAUCGCCACAGCCACCGACACCUCCAACCCACUUAUCACAGCUUCACCGAGGCAGGUUGUACUCUGGUGACGCUAGCCAUGAGGGUUCACCGGGCUUUGGGUGGCAGCACGAGAAACGCGAUAGCUUUGGAAGUGGCCAAGAUUAG